GGCAGUUAAUUUUAUUCUCUUUCUCUCUCUGAACUUUGCUCCUGUAUUGAUGAAAUUGGCAGUGUUAAUGCAGCUCGCUUGACCGGAAAAAGGACACAACCUUGUCGCUUUAUACUACUGGCGAUAAAUCGGCUGUAAAAUGUACAUUUUGUAGGCGGGAAAUAUAGAGCCAUCAAAUUUUGACGACUGAAUUUUUUAUUUCUCACCUUGAACUGACCGUGCAUGACUGCGAUCGCCAUGCAAUACGACACACGCCAGUACAGCCCUCAAUUUGAGGGAUUCCAACCGGCUUCGCCAUUCCAUUCUAUUGCCCCGUUAUACGAGAACAUUACGGCCGGCAGUAACGGCUCGUUUGCUCUGCCCCAAAACGGUAAUUACCUGGGUUUUAUGGGCGGAUUGUCUUACCGUGCGAACGGCUCAUCUCCUGGGUGUGGAUACCCUACAGGUGGGGUGGGAGGCGGCUGUGAAGGAGGGGUAGGGGAAUACGAACCAACCCCAGGUCCCUGGACCCAUCCCAUCGAGAAUUCGACACCGGGACCUACUUUCACUCUGAACUUUAACCACCAGGGGUUCGCCGCUAGCAACGGGCCAACACCGAGUUCAUGUGCCGUGCAGCAGGGGAGCGAGCCGGGCCUACGACGGGACCAGAUGAAGCCAGUAGACGGUGUCUUCCCGGAGUCGAAGAAACAGCAACCGCAACCCACACUCGACUGCCUUCACAACACUUGUCAAUCGAACGAUCGGAUGUCGCCACCAUGCUUCAACUGCAGCGACAUCAAUAACAACAACAACAACAACAACGGCUGUAGCAACAUCAGCAACAGCAGCAACAGCAAUAACUCUGGCAAUAUCAGCAACAACAACCACGAUGGCAACACCGCAGAGAGCACCUCAAGCAGUAGCGGUGCUGACACCGCCUGCCGAUGGAUGACGACCGUAGAGUCAAGCCCUCCGAGCACCGGCCAAUCCGCCCCUGUCCACCGCCCACGCAAGAAGCGCAGACCUUACACCAAGUACCAGACCUACGAGCUGGAGCGAGAGUUCCUCUUCAACAUGUACCUGACGCGGGACCGGCGGACUCAUAUCGCCCGCUCGCUGACCCUGAGCGAGCGACAGGUCAAGAUCUGGUUCCAGAACCGACGGAUGAAACUCAAGAAGAUGAGGGCGAGGGAGGACUAUGAUGGACGCUCACAGAUGAUGCAACAUCACCCAUCCCAUCCUCCUCAUCUACACCAUCACCAUCACCAUCACCAACAACACCUUCACCAUCUACAUCACCACCAUCACCCGGGUACAGAUAUGACUGUGGCAUUACAUCAUCACCCUCACCAUCAAAUCCUCUGAUUAUGCACACCUAUUCUAAUUCAAAGAAUGACGUAAACCUGUACAUGUCAUUCAUUAAAUAAAUGUAGAUUUCCCCCAGUUACUUAACACCGUAUCACUGAGAAAGAUAGGUGAAAGAGUUGAUGUGGGAAUGAAAAAAGUGUGAUGACGUUUCAUUCACAACUGCUGAAGACUAAAAGACUUUAAAAAAUCUUGCGUUCUUUGGCGCCCAUCAACAGAUAAAACCACAGGGCUCAAGAGGUGUACCGAGAGCUGGCAAAUAGUACAUAACUUUGUGAAAUUGAGGGAUAUUUAUUCCAUGCCAACUAAACUUGUUUCGUCUAUAUAGCAAUUUGCAACAUGCAGGUAAAACUGCAUGCUGACUAAAACCGGGUUUGUGAUUGUCAAACAUAAUAUGGUGACAAAUUUUAAACAAUUUGUUGACCUCUGCUUAAACUAUAUCUAGUGCGCCCUCUAUUUUCUUGAAACAUCAGAAGAUGGACUAUUUUUUUGUAUCAUUAUAGCAUUUACAUUAUUCCAUGGAUCAAAAACUUUCUGAUAAAUAUAAAAAUAGAUCAUGUUCACAUGGGUGGUCUGUGUUACACCAUUACAAUAACUAGAGUACUGUACGGAAGAAAACUGACCACAAUUACCAAAAACAGUUACUUGCUGAAAAGUUACAUCAGUGGUUCCGCCCACCCUCACAAAUGUCUGUCAUGCAGUCGCUUUGGGGGAAAAAACAAUAACAUAAGUGACGCAAAAAUUGCCAAAGAUUCCGAAGCUGAGGAUGAGUUUAACUCGUCCUUGUUACGAUUCCAUAAGACUAAUAGUACUUUAAUUUGUAAAACGACUAGCAAAAUGUCAUCCAGUCUUUUAGUCUCAGUGAAUGCUAACAUUUGUUUUUAUGAGAGUUCAGCAUUUAGCUGUCUCAGAUAUAAAAUAAAUAAAAUAUUUAACGUAAUUUGUAUUCCAUGAUUCCUUGAAGCCUAUUGUACACAAUAAUGCAUACAUGUAAAGAGUAACAAUAUUUACCCUGAGGAACUCAAUCUCAUAAUUAAAGUAUCUUAAAUAUAUGCAUUAUCGUAUAAGCAGGUUAGAAGACGAGAUACAUUUCAAUUAUGUUAAAUCAAAGUUACUUUUUUUGGAAACUUAAGUUUCCAAUGUUUUCCAUUGGAUGAACGCGAAAAUAAAAAGGAAACUGUUACAG